AGUGCUUCGUGGCGGAGGCCGGGGCCACUCUUUUUGAAUGGAAUCGGGCUGAUUCAUCGCCGGUUCGCGGAGCAGUAGCUGGGCCGAGUCUGAGCCGCUGUAACCGCUGUACCAAGUCAUCGCAGAGGCAAGACAGGGGUCCAGACUACUCCCUCCCGUGCGCCUUUAGGUUACUGUAUAUGAUGCCUGAAAUGGACAGCAUUCUUUGAGUGUAGUUGACUGUAUCAGUUAUCGUGUGUGAACCUGGAACAUAACUGUCUGGAGACAAAACAAAAAAAAAACAAAAAACCUUGGAAAAACUAUACUUGCCAAAAUUAGCAGGAGUUUAAGUUAAGAAGAAAUUUGUUAAAUUCAACAAAUUGAAGUGUGACACCUUUAGAGUUACAGAUACUGAACAGAAAUAUGGACAGACUUCUUAGACUUGGAGGAGGUAUGCCUGGACUGGGCCAGGGGCCGCCUACAGAUGCUCCUGCAGUGGACACUGCAGAACAAGUCUAUAUCUCUUCGCUGGCACUGUUAAAAAUGUUAAAGCAUGGCCGUGCUGGAGUUCCAAUGGAAGUUAUGGGUCUGAUGCUUGGAGAAUUUGUUGAUGAUUACACCGUCAGAGUGAUUGAUGUGUUUGCUAUGCCACAGUCAGGAACAGGUGUCAGUGUAGAAGCAGUUGAUCCAGUGUUCCAAGCCAAAAUGUUAGAUAUGUUGAAGCAAACAGGAAGGCCUGAGAUGGUUGUUGGUUGGUAUCACAGUCACCCUGGCUUUGGUUGUUGGCUUUCUGGUGUGGAUAUCAACACUCAGCAGAGCUUUGAAGCCUUGUCGGAGAGAGCUGUGGCAGUGGUUGUGGAUCCCAUUCAGAGUGUAAAAGGAAAGGUUGUUAUUGAUGCCUUCAGAUUGAUCAAUGCUAAUAUGAUGGUCUUAGGACAUGAACCAAGACAAACAACUUCAAAUCUGGGUCACUUAAAUAAGCCAUCUAUCCAGGCAUUAAUUCAUGGACUAAACAGACAUUAUUACUCCAUCACCAUUAAUUAUCGGAAAAAUGAACUGGAACAGAAGAUGUUGUUAAAUUUGCAUAAGAAGAGUUGGAUGGAAGGUUUGACACUUCAGGACUACAGUGAACAUUGUAAACACAAUGAAUCAGUGGUAAAAGAGAUGUUGGAAUUAGCCAAGAAUUAUAAUAAGGCUGUAGAAGAAGAAGAUAAGAUGACACCUGAACAGCUGGCAAUAAAGAAUGUUGGCAAGCAGGAUCCCAAACGUCACUUGGAAGAACAUGUGGAUGUCCUUAUGACUUCAAAUAUUGUCCAGUGUUUAGCAGCUAUGUUAGACACAGUCGUAUUUAAAUAAAAAAUGCAAAAAGCUCUUAAUGAAACUUUCACUGCAUAGUCCUCUCUUGUUCCUAAUGCUCAAAAUCAAGGGACCUCGGAAGGUGUGUUUGGUUAAAUGUAAGACAUCUGGCAUCAUUUGCAGCACUGUAACACCUUCGGUCUCAGUUGUGCAAUUACUUCUGUUUCCUUAGUCAGGGUCUUUGCAGAUUCCAAAGUUGUACAAGAACACAUCAAAGUGGACAAGUUUUGUUAAGAUCUCUUUCAAUAUUUGAAGAAAUCAGUAGCAAAAAUAUAUUUUGAUUGUUGCUUACAAAAUAAAAUACCUUUACAAUCCAUGUCUCCUGAGGUCUUUUUGGCACUGGGUAGAAUUGACAGAGUAACAUUUGACAGUGCUUUGGAGGUUUCACACAAAGAUAUGUUUCCCUUUGCAUUUUGAGAUCU